AUUGAAAUCCCCAGACAGGAAGUGCUAGAAGUUUCUAGGUUGCAAAUGGGAAGACUUUCGUUUUCUUUUCGUCGUUUUGAUGCUGUGUUGAUGUCGAGACACUAAAGAAACAUGGCAGGCUUGGAGGUGUUGUACACCUGUGUCGCAGGUAGCAUCAGCUGCCCGCAUGACGCCGUUGUGUGCUUCGUUCACUGGGAAAUGAUAAAGAAUGGAUACAGGUGUAUCGGGUCUGGAGAUGAUCCUCGUAGCAGUGAUAAGAAGUCUGAGCUUCUACCUGCUGACUGGAACAGCAACAAGGAGCUGUACAGUCUGCGUUAUAAAGACAACAGCACAGACACACAGAUGCUACUGAAGGCCAUCACGGUGGACUCUGCACUAAUAUUCAACCUAAUGAACCUCAGCACGCAGCAGGUGUCAGACUUGACAGUAAACAUCAGCGAUCAUGUGAAUGCUGAUCAGCUGCACACAUUUGACAGUGUGUUCAAAGACAUGGAGGGUUUGUCACAGAUGGUGACGGCUCAGCUGCUGCCUCCCCAGAAGAAGGAGAUGGAACAGAAAACAGAGAGGAAGAGUAGAAGAGAUGAAGAAGAUGAGGCACAAAGAAGAAGGGAAGAAGGCAGCAGCCCUCUCCGUAUGCCCGGCGGACAUCCUCACCAGGGAACACAGCCUCACUGGCCCAAUCCUUUGGAUCCUCCGUUUGCAGUUGGAGGAGCAGACCUGGAUCCUUUUGGAACUCGUGGUGGCGGCGGGAUGAUAGUCGACCCGUUGAGGUCGGGGUAUCCUCGCUCCGGCUUUGACCCGUCUAGCGGCAUACCAGACAUCCUGCCUCCUGGAGCCGUUCCCCCAGGAGCGCGCUUCGACCCGUUUGGACCCAUCGGACGUCACAGACCAGGGCCAGAUCCAGACCACAUGCCCCCACCUGGCUACGAUGACAUGUUCAUGUAGUGCCCACCCGUGUUUCCUGCUUUUCAACUUUCUGCUUGCUACUGAUCUAAAACUGGAUCCAGUUCAGAGACCUGAAAGUUUCAAUCUGCUCUGAAGAGGAGGGUUAUUCUUCUCAUUCCUCCACUCACACAACAUUAAAACUUUGAUUCGACUCACAGAAGAACCCGUUAGUGAUGUAAAAUAUUAAGUCUGAUUUUUAAAGAAACUUAAGUAAAAACAAAAAAUCAGAUUAUUGUGGUAAACAUGUUCAUCUUAGACUCCUAGUUUCUUGUGACCUUCAUUAUUCUGAAUAGCGAUCACACUCCGUAGCUUCUUUUGAAGGACAAACAGCUCAACAUGCUGACAGAACAAUAUGGCUUUAUAAUUAUUUCCUGCAAAAAGUUCAAAUAAAAAUGACUUUGAACCCUG